AGGAGGCUGAUGAAGGAGGCCUAAACAAAUCAUCUAACCCUAACCCCGACACUCCUCAGAGUGACGCAUGUUUAACAUUACAAGAUCAGGAGAUGGAGGCAGCGGAGCAGGAGGUGGAGCACAGAGAGCAGGUGCGGAGAGGAAGACGGCGUUCCGGAGCACAGUCUUCCACAGCAGUCUGCUGUCCAGCUAAACCAGCCCUGAAGAGAAAGAGGUCUGACCAAGCUGAGCAUCCUGGGAAGGAAUUGCCAGCCCAAGAGGAGGACACCAUGAAAAGAGCAGAAGAUGACAGUGAGGUGACUGACGAGGCGUGGCAGGAGACAAGAGGAGAGCGAGGGGAGAGUGAGAGCCUUAAAGACUCUAUAGAGGAGAUGGAGGAAGAGGAAAAAGACGAACCUGUGAGGAAGACUCCACGCAGGGGCCGACCCUCAAAAAGUACAUCUGGUACAGAUGAAUCAGUGCUGGAGAAGAAGGAGGGAGGGGCGGAGACAGGAGAAGACGACGAGAAACAGGAAGAGGAGGAGACAAAGACGAGAGCCACGACGCGUGCCGCAUCCCGUCUGGAGGCUGAGAAAAAUAAACCAAGUAAGCCGUCAACCAGAGCUUUCAGCAGACUGGGUGGGAAGGAAGAGAUUUCACCCAACACACGAGCUUCUCGUGGUCAGGUCUCUGGAGCAGUGAAGGGUCGUAAGCGUGAGGUUAGCCCACCAACGUCCCGUACCCGUGCGGGCCACAGAGCCGAAGAGCCUCCGUCCAAGAGAACCAAGCGAUGAAGCAGGCCCUCUCAGUAAUAGACUCUCCUCCGUUUUGUUGUUGUUGUUAUUGUUGUUGUUGUUUUUAAUGGCAAUAACAUUCUUGGCACAAAGCCAAAUGGAUGGACUGGCUCUUUACUCAGAGCUGUGGAGAUAUUUCCCCAGGCAUGGAGACACAGUAACCCUCCCCCUCCCCCGAAGGUCGAUUUCCACAGUCCCUACAGUGUAAUAGGACAGACAGACAGGCUCCACGGUGCUUUUUCCAUCUGAGACUUUUACAGACUCAGAUACCAGUAACGACUAGGGUUAGUCAAAGAAUAGUCAGUAAAGCAAGCUGGGCCCUCAGAGUUAUAAAAACUUAUUGACAACUGCUUUGGGUAACUAAAGUCAUGCUACGUGAGCUAGCGUAGCCUGCUAGCUAGCAGCACCAUGUCCGUUUACCAGUCACCCUGCUUGGACCCUGAUCGUGUCCUCCCUGGCUAAGAAAGUGGCGCGUCUUCGCAUGCCUUCUUGUUGUAGGUGUAAUUCGCCCACAGUCCGCUGCGUUUGUCCAGAAAGUGUCGGAAAGUCAGAGAAUUCCAGAAAGAUCAAGAAUGUUGUAGCAGCUUCGUAAAAUAAGGAGGACGAGCAGUACCUUACACACACAGCGCCAGCAGCAUGGCCUGAUCACAUUGCCUCAGAAUGCUGUCUGUGUCUGAGAGCUUUUUAGGAAUUUUAGCUGUUUCAGAAGGAUUCUGAUUUCUGGCAGUAUUUCACCAAACACUUCACACCCGCCCUUUACCUCCCUCACUUAACACUGAACUUGAGGUCAUAGUCUCGCCGUCAUAGUCCAAACGUAAAGUACAAUAUACACUUAGCUUUGCAAAGUCUAAUAUUAACUUGGCUGUAGUUUUCACUUGUCUGCAUGUUUUGAUUUUUAUUUCCUUCUGAUCCUGUUGCCAUGGUCAACAGAAAGACACUCAUUCUGUGAAUGUAAAGAAUUCGACUGUUUCUUUUAACAUCGUUAGUUCUGAUCACAAAGGCCAGCGGGACCCUCAGCGUGCGCUGUACUUUUUAGUCGUAGUUUAAGAUGUUUAUAAGACGAUAAACGUUGCUGAUUUAUUACA